GUGAUCCCUCACCACUUCAUGAUGGCAAUAUACAGAACUUACUCCGCAGCAGAGAAACUCGGAAUAAACGCCAGUCUCUUCCGCGCAACAAAGUCUGCCAACACGAUCACAAGUUUCGUGGACAGAGCAGAAGACGAUCUCUUGCAUUCACAUUUAAGGCGGCAAAAAUAUUUGUUUGAUGUAGCAACUUUGUCGGACAAAGAGCAAUUAGUCGGGGCUGAAUUGAGGUUACUGAGAAAAACGCCAGAGGAAUUUCGAAAUACACUGUCGGGCCUGUACGACAUCAAACUAUACUCCUGUUUGACCGAGGGACAACCACCCAAAUUGCUGCACUCCAGAACGCUUGAUAUUUACCAUUCGAAUGCACAAGGAUGGGAAGUUUUUGAUGUCUGGGACAUUUUGAAACUCCUACACUCUGCACAGCUAUGUUUUGAAUUUAAGGUGACCUCAAGGACAAGCGAGCGCGAUAUUGAUCUGAGACAAGUCGGAUUUGGUCGAAAAGGGAGAGAGCCUCAAGAAAGAGCUCUGCUCGUGGUUUUCACUAGAACUCAGAAAAGAGAAAAUCUCUUCAGCGAGAUGAAAGAAAAAAUCAAGUCAUCCGAGGAUUCCGACGAGGAAGGCAGACGUCAAUUCAAAGCCAGGAGGAAGAGGGGCACGGCCUUCUCAAAUCGCCACGGGAAAAGACAUGGCAAGAAGUCCAAGCCCCGCUGCAGUAAAAAGCCCCUGCAUGUGAACUUCAAAGAGCUUGGUUGGGAUGACUGGAUAAUCGCUCCCCUGGACUAUGAAGCUUAUCAUUGUGAGGGAGUAUGUGACUUCCCUCUUAGAUCCCACUUAGAACCCACGAACCAUGCCAUUAUCCAAACCCUCAUGAACUCCAUGGACCCAAAUUCCACCCCUCCCAGCUGUUGCGUUCCCACCAAACUGAGUCCGAUCAGCAUUUUGUACAUCGAUGCAGGCAAUAAUGUUGUCUAUAAACAAUACGAGGACAUGGUGGUGGAAUCCUGCGGGUGCAGGUAG